UGUGAUUGUUUUGUAGGUGUUUGUUUGCAUGCUCUAUCCCUCCUUCUUUGUAUUGUUCUGAUUCUCGGGCUCGCUCUGUAGUCUGACUUUCACUUUCGUUUCUUCUCUAGUCCAGGAGGAGAUGAUGACGUCGGCUGAUCUGCGGAAGUCACUGGAAUGUCCCGUCUCUCUGAGUUCUUAUAUUGAUCCAAUCAUCCUGAACCGUGGACUCAACUACUGCCGGGGUGUGUCAUUGUGUGCGGGAUACAUGGUGUCCCUCUGGAGAGAAGAGACUAAGGCUUUGUCCGUACUGAGAUCUGGGCGACAGAGAUAAUGGCAUCAGUUGAUCGGAGAAAGGAGCUGGAUUGUUCCAUCUGUCUGAACACUUAUGAAGAUCCUGUAAACCUUGAGUGCGGACACGACUACUGCCGGAAGUGUAUUGAUCAAGUGCUAGACACACAGAGGUGGUCUGGGGGUUAUUUUUGUCCUCAAUGCAGAGAAAAGUUUCCAAAAAGGCCUGCACUGCAUAAAAACAUUGUGCUUCGGAACAUGGUGGACACAUUGUCAUCUCCUCAGCUAGAUAAGGAGAAGUCUGGGAUUUUGUGCACAUACUGCAUCCACACACAUGUACCCGCUGUCAGAUCCUGUCUGCUGUGUGAAGUUCAUUUGUGUGAUGGCCACUUGAAAGUCCACAGCAUGGCAGGAGAGCAUGUUAUAUCUGACCCCACCACUUCCCCGAAGAACCGCAAGUGCAACCUUCAUAAGAAGAUGCUGGAGUAUUUCUGCACCAAGGACUCCACCUGUGUCUGUGUGUAUUGUCUGAUUGGAGAGCACGCAGGCCACGACAAGGAGCCUCUGGAUGAGGCCUAUGAGAAGAAAAAGAAGGAAAUGGCCAAUGCUCUCAGUAAGUUGAAGACAAAGAAAGAGGAGACCGAAAAGAAAGUCAAAAGUCUGCAGGACGAGAAGAGAAAAGUGGAAGAAAAAUCAGCUGGGGACACAGAGAGAGUCACCGCCCUGUUCAGGGACCUCAAGACACGACUAGAAGAUCUAGAGAAGCGAGUCCUACGCAAAAUCACCGAACAGGCAAAGAAGGUCUCGCAUGUGUCAGAGCUGAUCCGGAAGCUUGAACGAAAGAAGGAUGAACUGUCCAGGAAGAUACAUCGCAUUGAGGAACUGUGUAACAUGACCGACCCACUGACUGUCCUAAUGGAACCAGACAUAGGUAACCUAAGUGAUGCGGAGGAGGAAGGUAAUGAAGACAUAGCGAGACACGAUAGACCCCUACAUGAUGGAGAUCUGGACGUGGUUGGGAUCUCACAAACAUUACACACCAUAUCUGAUCUGAUAACAGGGGUAAAUUCCUGUUUCUAUAAGAAUACAUCCAUAGACAUAUUACUGGAUGGAAACACGGCUGGUCACAAGCUACGUAUAUCAGAUGACAGAAAAAUGGCAUCCUGGUCCUUACCCAAGAAGUACCCAGAAACACCAGAGAGAUUUCAGUGUUCUCAGGUGAUAAGUAGUCAGAGUUUCCCCUCAGGUCGACAUUUUUGGGAAGUGGAUGUCGGGGGAUCGACGACAUGGAAAAUCGGGAUGUGUUACCCCAGUAUAGAGAGGAAAUUGUGGCCCCAGGUACAAAUCGGAAAUAAUAACAAGUCCUGGUGUUUGCAGAGGAGUGAGGGCGGUAACGGGUAUGCCGUGGUACAUGACAGUGAAAAGGUCCAGUUACCAGCUAAUAUCUCCGCUAAUAGAAUCAGGAUAUGUCUGGAUUAUGAGGCCGGGCAGUUGUCCUUUCACGAACUGUGUGUCCCGAUCCGACACCUCCACACCUUCACUGUCAUCUUCAUUGAGCCCCUCCAUGCUGUUCUAUGGGUAGGGUCAGGUAAUGUAAAGUUGAUAGGGGGUGCAAAAUAAUAGAAAUCUCCCAAGAAAAGGAGAGUCGGGUAAUGUGGUCUUGUUGGGGGGUGGGGGGGCUGUAGAGGCAGGCAGUGCAUAUAUUGUAAGGUGAAGGGUGUUUAGUCAGGCAGUGUAGUCAGGACAGGAAGUGUGGUCAGGCUGAAAAGUGGGCAGCAGUGCAGUCAGAGUGGAGGGUGUACAGACAGGCAGUGAAUAUAUAUGGUGGAGGGUGUGCAGUCAGGCAGUGUGGUCAGGACGGAGGGUGUGCAGACAGUGUGGUCAGGACGGAGGGUGUGCAGACAGUGUGGUCAGGACGGAGGGUGUGCAGACAGGGUGGUCACAAUGGAAGGUGUGCAGGCAGUCAGUGUGGUCAGGACGGAGGGUGUGCAGACAGUGUGGUCAGGACGGAGGGUGUGCAGACAGUGUGGUCAGGACGGAGGGUGUGCAGACAGGGUGGUCAUAAUGGAAGGUGUGCAGGCAGUCAGUGUGGUCAGGACGGAGGGUGUGCAGACAGUGUGGUCAGGACGGAGGGUGUGCAGACAGGGUGGUCACAAUGGAAGGUGUGCAGGCAGUCAGUGUGGUCAGGACGGAGGGUGUGCAGACAGUGUGGUCAGGACGGAGGGUGUGCAGACAGUGUGGUCAGGACGGAGGGUGUGCAGACAGUGUGGUCAGGACGGAGGGUGUGCAGACAGGGUGGUCACAAUGGAAGGUGUGCAGGCAGUCAGUGUGGUCAGGACGGAGGGUGUGCAGACAGUGUGGUCAGGACGGAGGGUGUGCAGACAGUGUGGUCAGGACGGAGGGUGUGCAGACAGUGUGGUCAGGACGGAGGGUGUGCAGACAGGGUGGUCACAAUGGAAGGUGUGCAGGCAGUCAGUGUGGUCAGGACGGAGAGUGUGCAGACAGUGUGGUCAGGACGGAGGGUGUGCAGGGAGUGCAGGCAGACAGUUUGAUCACGGUGGAAGGGGUACAGGCAGACAGUUGUCAGGGUGUGUGUGUGGGGGGGGGGGGCAGGCAGACAUGUUAUACAGUCCAGAUGUAAGUUGUAUGAAAUCGUCAUGUAGUGUUAUAUGGGGCCAUUGAAAAUUAAUUAAAGUCUCUUCUUUUGUUAAUUAUGC